AUGAAGAACAUACUGUCCUUUGGUUUGACUUCGCUGGUGUCUGUUGCGCUCGCGCAAGUUGCCCCGACGGUCGACCUCGGAUACGAAAUUCAUGGGGCUACCGUCAAUACCACCGGGGACUACUACCUGUUCAGCAGCGUACCCUACGCGCAACAGCCAGUUGGAGACCUGCGGUUUCAGAAACCCGUCGCUCUGUCAGAGAAGACCAACGGUACCGUCAACAAUGGCUCGACGACAACUAUGUGCAUGCAGGCAUACCCUGCGUGGAUCCUAGCACUGCAAGCUCAAGCCUAUGGCGUUGACGAAGCCACUAUCGAGGCUAUUCUUGCCAGCCAGCCCGGACAGACUGAAAGCUGUCUUGUCUUGGAUGUCUAUGUACCGGCAGCCGUUUUUAACAAAUCGGUGGCAGAAACGCCCGUUUUGCUCUGGAUCCAUGGUGGUGGCUUCACAAGUGGAUCGAAAAUUUCAAGUGGAAGCCCAGCCGGCCUCAUCGCUCGGUCUCAGCUCAGUAAUGAGAGCGAAGUCAUAUUUGUCUCCAUCAACUAUCGCCUGGGCAUGUUUGGUUGGCUAGCGGGCGACGACGUCACGCCGAACCUAGGGCUCUACGAUCAACGAAUGGCGAUGGAAUGGGUCCAGAAGUACAUCAGCCGAUUCGGCGGAGACCCGAACAAGUUGACAGUCAUGGGCGAGAGUGCCGGCGCUUCAAGCAUUCUUCAUCACAUUACAGGAUAUGGAGGCGCUGUCUCCGCCCCGUUCCAAAGGGCUAUCUCUCAGUCGCCGGCUUUCCAGUUCAACAUCAACACAACGAAGACAUACGACUUGACUUUGGACGUGGCUUCCAACGUGACGGAAAUGACGAUCUCCUCGGUUGAACAACUGAAGUCUCUGGACUUGGCGACACUGCAGGCUAUCAACCAACGGGUCGUCAUUCAGGCGAUGCAAGGUACCUUCAACUACGGUAUCGUCACCGACGGAACUUAUGUCCCCAAGACGCCACAAGUGCUGCUGCUCGAGGGUAAAUUCGACCACUCAGUCAAUGUAAUGGCAAGCCACAUGUCCAACGAAUCCAUUCCCUUCAUCCCCAGCAGCUUGACCACAGCGGCCAACAUCCAAGCCUACCUCACCUCAUCUCUGCCCCAAGCCACCCCCGAAACCAUCGCCUACAUACUCCAAACCGUCUACCCUGACGUCCUCGACGGCACCUAUCCCUGGACGACCGAGUUCGCCCGUGCAGCCACCAUAGCCUCCGAGAUUAACUUCGCCUGCAGCACAAACUACCUUGCCACGGCCUUCGCCAACAAGACCUACAACUACGUCUUCUCGUACCCGCCGGGCUACCACGCCGCCGACCUGCCGUAUAUUUUCUUCAAUGGCGAUACGACCACGGCUGAUGAUGGGCUCCCUGUAAAUGAGACGUUGGCGCAUGCGUUGCAGGAUUAUAUUGUGGCUUUUGUGCAGACGGGGAAACCACAAGCAGAGGGGCUGGUGGACUUCCCGGAGUAUGGAAGCGAAGCGGCCGUGCUGGAUUUUACGUAUGGGGGUGUGGUUAGGGGAGUCGAUGACUUGGCGAACCCAAGGUGCGAUUGGAUACAGCAGGCUAUGGCUGAGGGGUUAAUUUGA